GGAGCAUUUGGUCGACGUAUAUCGUAUUCUAAAGAUGUGGAAAGCACAAAACUCCGUUUGCCUUUGUGGCCUCUUCCAUUCCGCUUACUCCAUCGCCUACGUAAACCUCGCUAUCUUCGACGCAUCGACCGGUCGAGACGUUGUUCGAGGCCAUGUUGGUGAGGUUGCAGAGCGUUUGAUCCACUUGUUCUGCGUCGUCCCUCGUCAAACUAUGAUACAUGACAAUCUUUUGUUCAAAUACUCCGAUUCUGAACUCAUCGAACACCUUAAGUUAUCCGAGACUUCACCGAAGAACGCCACGGAAAAUGGUAUAUUCGAUAGAAAUGAACCAUGGAGGAAGAAACUGCGAGUUCUUUUAACCGAGGAUGGGAUUGUGGUGGAGAAUAUAAAGAGUGGUGAAGAUGUUUUGAUCACCAGAAAAGUGAUGGGUGUUUUUCUCUUGAUGAGCAUGGCGGAUUACAGUGACCAAUUCUUUGGCUAUCAAGAUCUGUUGUUUGAUAACUUCGAUGGAAAGUUCAAGUUCCUGGGGGAUAACUAUGCUACUUUAUGGCCGGGAGAUGGCAAGCCAGGCCUAUGGAUGAACUCGAUAUCGAAAAUCGGCGCUGUUUAUACUCUAAUACUAAUUAGAGACGAAGCCAUAAUCAUAGAAGAGAAAAAAAGGGUUAAUGACAUCAAGGUCGAGGAAGACAUUGAUGAAGAUCUGAAGCUUGUGGUGCCACCGGUUUUUGAAAACUGCACAAAAGUUUUGGAGCCGAAGGAGCAAGUGGAGGCAAGGGACUUUUAUUGGGAAGCCAUUUGCAAUGGGUCUGAAAGAGCCGAGGAGCUGUUGUUAAGGUGUUGUGAGAAGAACCCGUUUGUGGGGGAGCCGCAUGUGGUGUUGGCUCAGGUUUAUUUGAACCAAGGGAGGUAUGAGGAGGGCGAUAAAGAGGCUGAGAAGGGGGUGAUAUUGAUGUUGGAGUGGGGGGAGUCCUUGGGACAAGAGAAUGUCAUGGGAAGGAUAGAUCGCUUGGGCAAGAGUUUUGUUGCUUAAGGCUAAGGACAAGUCUUGGCCGCUUAGUGCUUGGGGUGUCCUCAGUCUUGGCCUUGUGAGGUAAAGUGAUUGCAGAUUGCAGGCU